UAGCAGUUUGCAACCCCUGCCUUCGUUACGCCGCGCCGCGCCGCGCCACGGCUCUCGGAGAGGCUGCACGGAUAGCGGACGACAGCCUCGCAGCGGCCGGUGUUCGUGAUAAGCAGUGCAAAUUUGACGUUGCACUCCGUUGCCAAGAGGCAGAUAACAAUUUACGCGUUAAUAUAUUAGCCGACGUGCGACGUAUCUUUACGAGGGCGUGCGGUGCAAACAUUUCCAACUAAGACUUUGACAGCGCAAAUGUCGGUAAUGGUCAUUAACCCCGCAGCCCCGGGUAAGCGGCUUAAGGUAUAAAGGGUUUGUCGCUCAUCCCGCCCGAUUACUCCGUUGAGAGAACUCGGCGCUAUGGAAGUGACGCUAUGGAAGCACUCGCUCGUCGUGUAUCUUCUCGUCGGUUUGAGCACGCUGUUAGUGCACGCUGAAAGGAAUGCCGAAGUCGGCGGAGCCACCGAGGCACCGAUCACCGAGGAUCAGCAGAAGGUGUACGAUGAAUGCCGGAAUCCAGACUACAAAAAAUACGUAAAGUGUUUAAUGAGGCCGAAGAGACACGGUCAUCACACAAACCACGGAGACGGGCCGGAAACUGAUUCCGCUCAUUGUCUGGAAACGUGUCUUAAAAAGUGCGAACAUCACUUGGAUCUCGAUUGCGAAAAAAAAUGCGGCUACUGCACGAAAAGAACCAGGCACAGACAUCAGAUCAUUACGGAAUACGAGACGGAAUGCGAAUCGGGAAACUGCAGUCCAUCCAGUGGCGGAUUAAGGACUACUAACAUAACGACGAACAUCGGCAUUAAUAAUGUCAUUAAUCCUUUCGGGGGCGGCGGUGGUAAUGCUAGUGGAUUCAAUAUUUUUGGAAAUGGUACUGGGUGGGGUUUUCCUCCAGGAGGCUGCUGUCCACCCGGAGGUCCUUGCCGUCCCGGUAGUCCCCCCUGUUACCCUGGAUCAAUACCAUCGCUUCCUAUAGUACCUCAAAUCUCGUUAGUACCGCAAAUUACAUACGGAGUAGGAUUCGGAGCCGCAGGUGGUUGCGCGUAUAAUCAGUGGCUUUGCAUUCAACAAACCGGCGCACAGUUUCCAAGCGUGCAGCCCGAUUGCUCUGGAUGCGGCAAUCCUGUCUUACGCUACAAGUGUGACGUAAAUUGUUACGCAACUCACGACGCAGCAACUAAAUCACCUUGCAAAAGUCCGGAAUGCAUUGGUGGUUCCACGUAAAAAUAUGUCGGAUUUAUUAAAAGCGACUACUGGAAACGAAGAAUAUUUUAUUGAUCACUCAUAUUGUUUAUAUUUAUGCAAUUUAUAGUUCAUGCUAACAGUGAUGGACUGGAUAAGAAAUUAUAGCUAUAAAGUAGUCCUAGAUUUACCAUGCAUAAAACAAUUCUUCAUCUAUUAUAAUUACUUAUAUGUGAUCUGUUUCCUAACAUUAACUUAUGUGAAAUAAAAGCGAUCUUAUUUUUCUUUUACAAAAUUCUUUCUUCGACUAUGUUCACGUUGAAAUAUUAUUGAUGAAGUAUGUUGGUCGGUUUUAUAAUAUAGAAAAAAGUAUAUGUCGAUGGGAAUGCGACCAUGUAUGUAUGGUUGUCAAUCUCUUGGCACAAUAGAAGGAAUUUUUAUUACGAUUAAAUAGUCACUAUUAAA